UUCUCUGCACCUCCUCCACAAAUACAUUUCAGAGCUGUCGUUGAAGUUUCAGUCUGUCUCUCUCUGUCUGAUGGUCAUCAUGUUCAGCCGAAACCAAGCAGCUCUGCUCUCCAUUCAGCUUUUAAUUAUGUGCCAACUCUCUGCAGAGAUAAUUGCAGUUGAGCACAAACUGGUGUCCCGGGGAGACUCCGUCAUCUUCACCUGCAACAUAUCCAGGAUAAAUGUAACUCAAUUCAGCUGGACCAAAGGCAGAUUGUUUUUCAUUAAUUCAUACCAACGGAAUCAGAAUUUUUCAAAUUUCACCUCUCACAGAGUGAGAAUAGACGUAAACUUACCUUCAAAGCUGAGUAUUUCUAACAUUCAGUAUGACGAUGCAGGACUCUAUAGAUGUACUGUAACUGCCAUAAAACUUAUAAAGACUCUUGAGUGGAAUUUAACGGUGUCUUGGGAACCUGAAGAAAUCAGUCCAUCGUGGUCUUAUCUAUGCAUACUCACAGCUGUAGCUGUAAUUGGAUUUCUUCUAUGUGUCUUCACUCCAGCUGUCUGCCUCUACAGAAAACUCAGGACCAGGACACCAAACCAGCACCCAGUCGAGGAGCAGUUUGAUCCUCAGUCAGAAGGAGAGGUGACCGUCUCUCAACGGCAGGGUGGCACAGACAGCAGGACACAAAACAAGCGCAGGAGUCAGUACAUGGAGAGGCUCAAUUCAAUCUAUGAUCUCUGAGCUGAGAAGCAAUUUAAAUGAAAGUUAAACAAGAGACACGGAGCAACCAGGUGCUUCAAGGCGAGUCAAACAGAGGGAGGACGACUGGGUCUCUGAGGCCUUUUGUUUAUCUAACGUUAACACAUUAAAACCAGUGCUGUCACUUUAAGGGAUUUUGUUUUCAGCUUAUCGUUUAUAUAUAUGGUACUCAGUGUAUUUUGUUAUGUUAUUAUUUAUGUGAUGGUUUCAUUAUUAGUAUGCUGUGUUGAAUGUAUUCAAAUCCAUCUUGCACUGUGAGCUCACUAAAGAUAGCUCCAAUGUUUGCUAUAAUUGCAAUAAAGUUAAAUCAACACGGUGUGUGACCCCUAAUGUUGUGUGAGGGAAUUACAGGGGGACUUUUCAAUCCAAAUAAAUUACACUU